AUGGCAUCUCCAAUUCCCUCCUCCUCGCCCUUUACCCGCUCAGUCGUGGACUCCAUGAGGAAGAUCUACCCCGAAGCGCUGGCGGAUAAGAGUUUUGAUAACACUGGAUUGCUUCUUGAAGCUCCCUUUGACCCAUCACGACGACAGAAGAACUCGGUCCUCCUCGCCAUUGACUUGACAACCGCUGUCGCAGAUGAGGCUAUCAAACGUCGCGAUUCAGCCAUCGUGGCCUACCAUCCCAUCAUCUUCCGCGGCCUGAAGGCUAUCACCCUCGAUGACACACAGCAACGAUCACUCCUGCGAUUGGCCCAACAUGGAAUCAGUGUCUACUCCCCGCAUACCGCUGUUGAUACCGUACCCGGAGGAAUGGCCGAUUGGCUUUGUGACGUGGUGACGGGUACCUUCCAACCCGUCGCGACUCAGACACAUCCUGCUUCUCAGAGCUGCAAUUCCAAGUUAUAUUCGGUGCCCACCUACCCUCAAGCUCAAGCUGUACCCACUGCAGCAUCGGCGGACGCAUCCCAGCAAAUCCCUCAUAUCCGAUCCACCAUCCAUCCAUCUCCCGCAGCAUCAAUCCCGGAAGGAUUUGAGUCGGCUGGUGCGGGCCGUCUCGUCACAUUCAACGAGGAUCAACCUCUCACAACUCUGAUUGACCACAUUGGUCGCGGAGUCGGUCUUCCCGGGGGUAUUCCCAUCGCGAUCCCGCAAUCGCAGUCGAUUGACAACAUUCGCAUCCGUACGGUCGGUAUGUGCCCCGGUUCAGGAUCGGGAGUCCUCAUGCGUGGGAACGAUAUGCCGGAUCUUCUAUUUACUGGCGAGAUGAGCCAUCAUGAGACGUUGGCUGCGACGGAGCGUGGAUCGGUGGUGAUCUCCUUGGCCCACUCCAACUCCGAGCGUGGCUACCUCCGGGCUGUUAUGCAAACACAAUUGCUGCAGGAACUCUCACGACAGUGGAAGUCCGACCGUGAGAGUGCCCUGCAGGCUCUUCACGAUAGCGCGAAGCAGGGUGGAUCAGCUCUGUCCUCUUGCGCCGAAGUUUACCAGGAUGGCGGCGUGGAGGUAUCAGUUAGUGAGGCCGACCGUGAUCCUUAUGGAAUUAUGGAUUUCACGUGGGGCCGCAACGCCAUCGCGGGGCAGAUUUUUGAUCGCAACUUGAACUUGAACUUCCAUUGGGAUUUCAUGCGUUGGUCGCCCACGUUCCUUUUCUCCUCACCCUUUCGUCGCAUCGAGUCACCGGCACAAUUCGCGCGCAGAAUGACCGCUCUUCCUUCUACCUAUGACGGGCCUGUCCCGAUUGCUGUCAUUGGCGGUACUGGACUUCGUGAGCUGCCUGGUUUCACUCAAGUGGCCUCUCUGUCUAUCAGCACUCCCUGGGGUGAACCCUCUUCGCCCAUCACCAUCCUGCAUCACCAGUGCAAGCACAAUGACAAGACUGUCGCCGUGGCCUUCCUGAGCCGUCACGGUUCUCACCACCAGAUCGCCCCCCACGAAGUCCCCGCCCGCGCCAACAUCGCUGCUCUGCGCUCCAUCGGUGUCCGCAGCAUCAUCGCCUUCUCCGCCGUCGGCAGUCUGCAAGAGGCUAUCAAGCCCCGCGACUUUGUGAUCCCCGAUCAGAUCAUCGACCGUACCAAGGGUGUCCGGCCCUGGACCUACUUUGAGGGUGGGAUUGUUGCCCACGUUCCCUUCGGUGAUCCCUUUGACGAGGGUAUUGCCAAGAUCGUGCGUGAGUGUGGACACAGUUUGGAGGGAGAUGGUGUUGUCCUGCACGACCGUGGUACCGUUGUCUGCAUGGAGGGCCCGCAGUUCUCCACUCGUGCUGAGAGCAACAUGUACCGCGCCUGGGGCGGUAGCGUGAUCAACAUGUCCGUUCUCCCCGAGGCCAAGCUGGCCCGCGAGGCCGAGAUUGCCUAUCAGAUGAUCUGUAUGUCGACCGACUACGACUGCUGGCACGACUCGGCCGAUGUCACCGUGGAGAUGGUGAUGGGUAACAUGAAGGCGAACGCUGAGAAUGCUCGUCGCUUCGUUACCGCCGUCCUGGAUGCUCUCGCUGGACAGGAGCACACCGAGUUGGUUCAAGCCAAGCACCUCGCUGGGUCAAUUAAGUUUGGAGUUAGCACACCACAGCCGCACUGGAGUCCUGAGGCCAAGAAGAAGCUGGACUGGCUUUUCCCGGGAUACUUUUAA